UUAAUUUUUAUUAUUAUAAUUACAUUAUUAUUAAUAAUAUUAUUAUUAUUAUUAUUAUUAUUAUUAAAGGUCCAUGCCAUUCUUCGGGACAAUGCAAGCAAUAUGAAGAAGGCAAUGAGGGACCUGGGAGUCUCCAGCCUGGGAUGUUUCUCGCACAUGAUUCAACUCGUGGUGCACGAUGGACUGCUGUCCCAGCGAAGUGUGAGCGAUGCGCUGGCCAGUGGGAGAAAAAUAAUUGGGCACUUCAAACAUUCCCCAUUGGCCACAUCAAGACUUGAAACUGUCAAGACGGGACUGGGAAUGCCAGUCAAACGUCUGAUCCAAGAUGUUCCCACCCGCUGGAACAGCACCUUUUAUAUGACUGCGAGCCUGCUGGAGCAAAAGAGUGCCAUCUCACUCUAUGCUGCAGACCACCAGCUCCCAGCAACACUGACAGCAAGUGACUGGACCUUGCUGGAGAAAAUCAACACUCUUCUGGCUCCAUUUGAAGAGAUCCCAAAACAGAUCAGUUUCGCCACCUCCACCACCUCAGAGGUCAUCCCCUCAGUCAUCGUCCUUAAGCGUCUGUUGGCCAAACAGACCACGGAGGACAGCGGGAUAAAAACAAUGAAGGCAACACUUCUAGCAGCUAUGGGCACAAGAUUCCAGACCGUUGAGGCGGAGCCCUUGUACUCUGUUUCAACCAUAUUGGACCCACGUUACAAAGACAGAUACUUCACAAGUGCAGAGAGCAGCAAGCUUGCAAGAAGUGCACUGACCCAAGAGGUGGAGAAAAAUGAGGAGUCAUCACUGCAGACAACCACCACAGAGGCAGCAGACCCAGCCAGUAAGACCCCACGGAUGACAACAGAGCCCAACACAAGCAGCUGCUUUAAGGGGCUGUAUGAGGAAUUCCUGCAAGAGCAUGCUGCUGAACAAGGUGGGGCCAGCAGCACAGUUACACAGGUGCAGAUAGACACAUAUCUGGCUGAGAAAACAAUCCACCGCACAGAGAGCCCAUUCGAGUACUGGGGAAAGAAUAAAGAACGGUUCCCCUCCCUGGCUACUACAGCUGCAAAGUUUCUCCCCGCUCCCUCCACCAGCGUAGAUAGUGAGAGGCUUUUCAGCAGAGCUUCUAACAUACUUGAUGAGAAGAGGAAUAGGCUGUCAGGAGAUCAUGUAGAAACACUAAUCUUCCUCAAGAAAAAUCUGCCAAUGUGCCUGAGCUUGAACCCCAAAGACUUGAAUCCUCAAAAGUAAACAAGAGUAAACACUACUAGGCGUUGUGUGACAGAUCUGUCACUGAUUAAUGCUAUUUGUUCUUACCUCAGAUACGUUAAAUUAAUGCAGCUAUCUCUCAAAUGUACCUCAUAUGUAUAUUAUUUCUUAUUUUAAUACAAUUUAACGUUCUACUUCUUACUCUUGCACUAGUUUUAUACACUAGUAUUAUGUUAUAAUUUUAUGAAAGUUGCACUAUUUUGGCAUUUGAGAGCCAAUACUCAAAAACAGGGUUUUUAAGAGUUUGUAAUGUAUUUCAAGUUCAAGUUCAAGUUCAAGUGUUUUUAUUUGUCACAUACAAUAAAUUGAAGUGAAAUGUUAAAGGGUCAAUGCUCCACACUGUGCAAAAAUAAAUAAAAAUAAAAUUUUAAUGUAAUGUAAUUUUAAUGUAUUUUACUUUCUUACUGUUGCACUGUUGCACUGUUCACUUCUAUUAUACAUGUUCUAAUUUCAUGAAUGUUGCACUAUGUUGGCCUUUGAGAGCCAAAAGUUUAUUCAGCUAUUGUUGUCACCCAUACCAGGUAGGCAAUAAAAAGUUCUACUGGA